CUGAGAGCGCCACGGUCUGUGAAAGCGCAGCAGCAGCUCUACAAACGUAGUUACAGACCAGUGAGUGAGCGAAACUUGUUGAAUGCUUUGCCGCAAAAGUUGCUUGACAGCAGCCACAGAAUCGUACUGUUUAAUCAGUUUUGCUUUGAUUUUUACACGCGGCUUGUCUCUGUCUGCUGAUUGUAAUUUGUGUUUCUAUUCUUAAUAAUUAAUAAAAAUGAGUAAUGGAAAAGUUUUAAUCUAUGGAGGACGUGGAGCUCUUGGUGCCGCCUGUGUCCAGCACUUUAAAACUAACAAUUGGUGGAUUAGUUGCAUCGAUCUAGCAGAAAACGAAUCCGCUGAUGUGAAUAUUGUGGUGAACCGUGACGAUGACUGGGUCACACAAGAAAAACAUGUGCUUUCGAAAGUAGAAUCAUCGCUAAACGGAGACAAAUUGGAUGCUGUGAUCUGUGUUGCUGGCGGAUGGGCUGGAGGCAAUGCAUCAAAGGAUCUUGCAAAAAAUGCUGAUCUUAUGUGGAAGCAAUCGGUUUGGUCGUCAGCUAUUUCGGCUACGGUCGGCGCAAAUUAUCUGAAGAGCGGAGGCCUUUUGGCCUUGACCGGUGCGAAUCCGGCGUUAUCUGGCACCCCUGGUAUGAUUGGCUACGGAAUGGCUAAGGCAGCCGUGCAUCAGCUUACGAAAAGCUUAGCCGGGAAAGAUUCUGGACUGCCCGAUAAUUCUUUGGUGGUGUCUAUUCUACCGGUAACGCUGGAUACGCCGAUGAAUCGUAAGUGGAUGCCAAAAGGCGAUUUUGCCACUUGGACUCCUCUAGAAUUUGUGGCUGAACUGUUUCUCAAGUGGACCAAAGGCGAGAGUCGUCCAUCAAAUGGAAGUCUCGUAAAACUGAUUACGAAGGACUCUAACACUGAACUGGUUAUGGCUGAUUAGAAUCCUUCGCGAACCACGAAUAAUAUUGCUCUCUUUAAAACUGUGCUCCAACAUUCCUCGUUUGUGGAGAUUUCCACGCUUUUCUUUUUUUAUGGCAAUAAAUGUGCUCGUCGAGUGCUUUCUG